GGCGGGGCGAGCCCGGAAGCGGCCGGGGGCGGUGGCUGAGGCGGCGGAGGCGGAGGCGCCUCUGGCCCGCCGGGGUUGCGGCGCCGUCCUCUGCUUCGCGCUCCUCUAGCCGGCGGCCCCGCAGCCAUGCAUCCCCCGCCCCCGGGCCCGCUGGGCGACUGCUUGCGGGACUGGGAGGAUCUGCAGCAGGACUUCCAGGGCAUCCAGGAGACCCACCGGCUGUACCGCCUGAAGCUGGAGGAGCUGACUAAGCUGCAGAACAACUGUACUAGCUCCAUCACUCGGCAGAAGAAGCGGCUCCAGGAGCUCGCCCUUGUCCUUAAGAAAUGCAGACACUCCCUCCCGUCAGGGGCCGAGGAGGCCGCGCAGGAGCUUGAGAACCAGAUCAAAGAGCGCCAGGGCCUCUUCUUUGACAUGGAGGCCUAUUUGCCCAAGAAGAAUGGGUUGUACCUGAGCCUAGUUCUGGGUAACGUCAACGUGACACUCCUGAGCAAGCAGGCUAAGUUCGCCUACAAAGACGAGUACGAGAAGUUCAAGCUCUACCUCACCAUCAUCCUCAUCCUCAUCUCCUUCACCUGCCGCUUCCUCCUCAAUUCCAGGGUGACAGACGCUGCCUUCAACUUCCUGCUGGUCUGGUAUUACUGCACCCUGACCAUCCGGGAGAGCAUCCUCAUCAGCAACGGCUCUCGGAUCAAAGGCUGGUGGGUUUUCCAUCACUAUGUGUCCACCUUCUUGUCAGGCGUGAUGCUGACCUGGCCUGAUGGCCUCAUGUACCAGAAGUUCCGGAACCAGUUCCUGUCCUUCUCCAUGUACCAAAGCUUCGUGCAGUUCCUCCAGUACUACUACCAGAGCGGCUGUCUGUACCGCCUGCGGGCCCUGGGGGAGAGGCACACCAUGGACCUCACCGUGGAGGGCUUCCAGUCCUGGAUGUGGCGUGGCCUCACCUUCCUGCUGCCCUUCCUUUUCUUUGGACAAUUCUGGCAGCUCUACAACGCGCUGACGCUGUUUAGCCUGGCCCAGGACCCGCAGUGUAAGGAGUGGCAGGUGCUUAUGUGUGGCCUCCCCUUCCUCCUCCUCUUCCUCGGCAAUUUCUUCACCACCCUGCGGGUUGUACACCAGAAGUUCCACAGUCAGUGGCAUGGGAGCAAGAAGGAAUGAGGCUGGGGCAGCCCCCCACAGCAACUCCCAGCCCCAAGGGGGCUUCCUUAAAUCCCAAGUGUGGUUGGAGGGGGUCGGAGGCGUCCCUCAUGUGGGAGGGUCUCUUCUGCUCUCCCCUGGGUGUUGUGGGCUCUGUGGGC